CACCACCCUUAUGGCAGAAAGUGAAGAAGAACUAAAGAGCCUCUUGAUGAAAGUGAAAGAGGAGUGUGAAAAAGUUGGCUUAAAGCUCAAUAUUCAGAAAACUAAGAUCAUGGCAUCCGGUUCCAUCACUUCAUGGCAAAGAGAUGGGGAAACAAUGGAAACAGUGGCUGACUUUAUUUUUUUGGGCUCCAAAAUCACUGCAGAUGGUGACUGCAGCCAUGAAAUUAAAAGAUGCUUACUUCUUGGAAGGAAGGUUAUGACCAACCUUGACAGCAUAUUAAAAAGCAGAGAUAUUACUUUGUCAACAAAGGUCUGUCUAGUCAAGGCUGUGGUUUUUCCAGUGGUCAUGUAUGGAUGUGAGAGUUGGACUAUAAAGAAAGCUGAGCGCAGAAGAAUUGAUGCUUUUGAACUGUGGUGUUAGAGAAGACUCUUGAGAGUCCCUUGGACUGCAAGGAGAUCCAACCAGUCCAUCCUAGGGGAGAUCAGUCCUGGGUGUUCAGUGGUAAGACUAAUUUUGAAGCUGAAACUCCAGUCCUUUGGUCACCUGAUGCAAAAAGCUGACUCACUGGAAAAGACUCUGAUGCUGGGAAAAAUUGAGGGCAGGAGGAGAAGGGGACGACAGAGGAUAAGAUGGUUGGAUGGCGGCACUCAGCGGCGGCCACAGCGCAGACCAGACUUCACUCGCUCGCAGCUUGCUCCGCGCCCUCUGCAACAAUGUCUGACAAGCCUGAUAUGGCGGAGAUUGAGAAGUUCAAUAAGUCGAAAUUGAAGAAAACGGAAAUGCAAGAGAAAAACCCACUGCCUUUGAAAGAAACGAUUGAACAGGAGAAGCAAGCAGGUGAGUCGUAACGAAGCCUGCGCCGCCAGUAUGCACUGUACAUUCCACAAGCAUUGUCUUCUUAUUUUACUUCUUUUAGCUGUUUAACUUUGUAAGAUGCAAAGAGAUUGGAUCGAGUUUAAAUGACUGUGCUACCCCUUUUCACAUCAAAGAAUGGAGAACUACUGACAACGUAGGCCGUGCCUGCCUCUCCCAUCUGCCUAUGUGGCUGGCAGGGAAGGAAAAGAACUUGCAUGUUGGUGAAGGAGGAAGCUGGGUGGGACGACAGUGAAAUCUAGAGUAAAAAGCUGGUCCAAGGUGUUCUGCGGGCUGUAAAAUGCAGUUUAAUCAGAGUGCCAUUUUUUUGUUGUUGUUCAAAUGAUUUUAAUUAUUGGAAUGCACAAUUUUUUUAAUAUGCAAAUAAAAAGUUUUAAAACCGGAAAAAAAAAAAAGAU